AUGGUGACUGGCUAUGCGGUCUCAGAUCCUGAUUCUGUCCUUGAAGGAGAUCUGGAUGGCUUUAUCAUGAGCUAUUUUUCAGCCUCCUUGGAUAAAGAUCUAACUGUGCAAAAUCGUCAGGCCAAGGUGUCGGUGGUGCCAUCGGCGGCGGCUCUGGUCAUCAAGGCACUGAUGAAGCUGGAGCGUGACCGAAAGAAGAUGAAGAAUAUCAAGCACAACAGGAAUAUCUCCCUCGACGACGUCAUUGAGACCACCAAGGUUACGUGCCCUAGAUCCAUGGCCAAAGACCUCAGUGGGACUGUCAAGGAGAUUCUCGGCACGUGCGUCUCUGUGGGUUGCACGGUCGAUGGGAAAGACCCUAAGGAUUUGCAGCAGGAGAUCUCCGAUGGUGACAUGGAAGUCCCUCUGGACUAA